AUGAGUGACAUCCAAAAAGCUCAAGAAACGGUGGAUGUGGAAUCUCUUACUACCUAUGAGUCCUUCAAAGGCGAAUAUCACCCCGAGGACGUUGACCUUUUGGCGGAACCAAUUGUUUUCAAGGAUUCUUUGUUCAGUUUCCAAAAUAUCAAAGACAAGUUUAAGAAAAAGGAUCCAAACUACUACGACCAGAUAGCUACAAAACGGUCUGUCUUUGAGGACCCUGAUCCAGAAAUUCUGCGAAAGUAUUUUCCAACCAGUAAGUGGGAAAACUUUGCUUCCUUUGAUCCAUACUUUAAAUGGACGAAUAAGGAAGACAAGCUGAUCACCAGGAAAAUGGAUUUCAAGAUUUUGACAAUCGUGUGCUUUUUGUUUUUCUCGUUGAACAUGGACAGAGGAAACUUUGCAUCCGCGAUAGCUGGUGGUAUUCUUAAAGACUUGAACUUAUCAACUGAUGACUACAAUUUAGGAAACAAUUUGAGAUCCAUUGGCUUUAUAAUAAUGGAGAUUCCGUCCCAAAUGGUCGGCAAAAGAUUCGGACCUGAUUGGUGGAUGCCGCUCCAGGUGGUAUUGUGGUCGUUGGUUACUUUAUUCCAGUUUUUUCUUGCGGGUAGAAAGUCGUACUUGGCAUUGAGAUUUUUACUUGGAGUUACUCAAGGAGGUUUUAUUGCAGACUCCGUUCAGUACCUUUCCUACUACUAUACCAGAGACCAAAUGGCAGUUCGUUUGACUCUCUUUUGGGCUGUGGUCUCGCUAUCAAGUAUCAUCAGCAAUUUGAUGUCUAUUGGUCUAUUACUGAUUCACCUGAACGGAAAGGAAGGUUGGAGAUGGUUAUUUCUUUAUGAGGGUCUUAUCUCUCUAAUCUUUGGGAUUGCAGCAUUUUUCUUUAUGGUUCCCGGACCAACACAAACCAAAACGAAGCUUUUUCCAAAUGGGUAUUUCACGGAAAAAGAAGAGAAGAUUAUUGCCAACAGAUUGGUUCGAGAUGACCCUUCCAAGUCAGAUAUGCACAAUCGCCAGGGUGUCAGUUUCAAGCAGUUCUUGAAAGCUUUGUCAGAUUACGAUAUCUGGCCAUUGCUACUCGUUUCCUUGACGUUUCUAAUUCCACAAACUCCACCUUCGGGCUAUUUGAAUAUCAUUUUGAGGCAGAUGGGGUUCUCUAGAAAUAAGACAAUUUUUCUUAACAUCCCCAUUGAAUUCACCAAUAUAAUCACUAUGAUUAGCAUAUCGUUGAUAAGCGAACUUGUGGACGAAAGAGCAUUCAUUUGUAUCAUUCCGCAAAUAUGGAUGCUUAUACCCAUUGCUGUUGAAUAUGCCAAUGCCGAAUCAAUUCUGUCAUGGGGAAAGUAUGCCCUUUUGUUCAUAAUCAUUGUUAAUCCAAACAUUCAAGGUGUGUUGGUUUCUUGGAUAUCUCGAGUCUCGUACUCCGUCAGAACGAGAACAGUGGCUUCUCCAAUGUCUAAUAUUGGUAUACAACUAGCCGGAAUUGUGGGACAGAACAUUUAUCGUGCUGACGAUGCACCACUUUACUUUCGAGGUAACAGAGUACUUAUAGGACUUUGUUGCAUGAAUCUGGUUCUCUUUCUUCUAUGUAAAUUUUAUUAUGUUGCACGAAACAAGUAUAAAAAAGGCAAAUGGGAAGCUAUGAGCGAUUCUGAAAAAGAAGAGUAUCUAGUCAAGCAUGGAGACGAUGGAAACAAGAGGUUGGAUUAUCUUUUUGAACACUGA